CAAGGUGGACUAACUUCAGCCGCAGCCGCCACCAUGUCUGGCAGAAACAACAACAAGCUGCCCAGCAAUCUGCCCCAGUUGCAGAACCUGAUCAAGCGGGACCCCCCGGCCUACGUAGAGGAGUUUAUGCAGCAGUAUAAUCACUACAAGUCCAAUGUGGAAAUUUUCAAAUUACAACCAAAUAAACCUAGCAAAGAACUGUCUGAAUUGGUGAUGUUCUUGGCCCAGGUUGGCCAUUGUUAUCCAGAACAUCUGGUUGACUUCCCCCAACAACUGAAGGAACUUCUUUCUUACAACCAUACAGUCUUGGAUGCAGGCCUUCGAAUGACAUUUUGCAAAGCUUUGAUGUUGCUGAGAAACAGGAAUUUAAUUAAUCCAACCAGUUUAUUAGAACUAUUCUUUGAACUUCUGCGUUGCCACGAUAAGCUUCUGCGGAAGACUUUGUACACUCAUAUUGUGACGGAUAUCAAGAAUAUCAAUGCCAAGCACAAGAACAACAAAGUCAAUGUCGUGCUGCAAAACUUCAUGUAUACCAUGUUAAGAGACAGCAAUGCCACGGCCGCCAAGAUCUCUUUGGACGUGAUGAUUGAGCUGUACAAAAGAAACAUCUGGAAUGAUACCAAAACUGUCAAUGUGAUCACAACUGCAUGCUUUUCUAAAGUCACCAAGAUACUAGUUGCUGGUCUAAAAUUCUUCCUUGGUAAAGAUGAAGAUGAGAAAGAAGACAGUGAUUCUGAAUCUGAGGAUGAUGGGCCCACAGCAAGAGAUUUACUUGUUAAAUACUCCACAGGAAAGAAAAGCUCCAAGCAUAAGAAGAAAUUGGAAAAGGCCAUGAAAGUCUUGAAAAAACAAAAGAAGAAGAAAAAGCCAGAGGUGUUUAAUUUCUCAGCUAUUCAUUUGAUUCAUGAUCCUCAAGAUUUUGCAGAAAAGCUUCUGAAGCAGCUGGAGAGCUCAAAAGAGAGAUUUGAAGUAAAGAUGAUGCUCAUGGACCUUAUCUCCAGAUUAGUGGGAAUUCAUGAGCUCUUUCUCUUUAAUUUCUACCCUUUCAUCCAACGAUUCCUCCAACCCCAUCAGAGAGAGGUGACCAAGAUUCUUCUCUUUGCUGCCCAGGCCUCCCAUCAGCUCGUACCACCUGAGAUUAUUGAGUCCUUGCUGAUGACUGUGGCCAACAACUUUGUCACAGACAAGAACUCCGGGGAGGUAAUGACUGUUGGAAUCAAUGCCAUAAAAGAGAUAACAGCUAGAUGCCCUCUGGCCAUGUCGGAAGACCUCCUCCAAGAUCUGGCCCAAUACAAAACCCACAAAGACAAGAAUGUAAUGAUGUCUGCAAGAACCCUGAUUCAUCUCUUCAGAACUCUGAAUCCGAAGAUGUUGCAGAAAAAAUUCAGGGGCAAGCCCACGGAGGCCUCGGUGGAAGCGAGAAUCCAGGAGUACGGCGAGCUGGACGCCAAGGAUUACAUCCCGGGAGCCGAAGUGCUCGACGUGGAGAAGGAGGAGGACGGAGAGCCUGACGACGAUGGAUGGGAAAGCGCCAGCCUCAGCGAGGAGGAGGAUGACGACGACGGCGAGUGGAUCCCAGUGCACCACUCCUCUGACGAGGAGCACCAGGAAAUCGCUGAGAAGCUAAAGAGCGUGCCGCCGGAAGAGCGAAAGGCCAAGGCGGCCGCAGUGAGCACCAGCAGGGUUCUGACCCAAGAGGACUUCCAGAAGAUCCGCCUGGCGCAGAUGCAGAAGGAGAUGGAUGCCGCCCCGGGGAAAGCCCAGAAGAGGAAGAAUGUGGACCUGGACAGCGACGAGGAGAGGAGGGGGGAGCUGCUUUCCUUGAGGGACAUCGAACACCUCCAUAAAAAACCCAAGUCGGACAAAGAGACAAGACUGGCCACCGCGAUGGCUGGAAAGACAAGCAGAAAAGAAUUUGUGAAGAAGAAAACCAAACUGAACCCAUUUGCUAGUUCUACAAAUAAAGAAAAGAAAAAACAGAAGAAUUUUAUGAUGAUGAGAUACAGCCAUAACGUCCGCUCCAAAGGCAAACGUUCCUUCAGGGACAAACAGCUGGCUCUCCGGGACGCACUUUUGAAAAAGAGGAAAAAGCUCAUGAAAUAGCCUUCCCGUGGGGGUGACGAGGGCCACCUUGACAUUAUUGCUCGGGGAUAGCGAGAGAUUGUUAUCGACACGGGGUGCUGCACAGGGUGGGAGCCUGCCAGAACCUCGGAGCUGGGAGAGCGAGCCCCCAGGAGCAGUCCUUCCACUGCCAGGAGGCCAUCCUUCCUGACUGUGCUCAGUGUGGCCUUCGUGAAAUGGUUAUUUACUUUGGAGAUGGAGAAUUGCCAAUAUCUGUAAAACUUUAUAGAAAAGAAAUAAAUUAUUUGUCCAGUGGACAUCUAUUUUA